AGCUUGUUUAGAUCUUACUGAUAAGACAGGUUGGAGCCCUUAGGGCUACAGGCCCGCAACAUUCAGCUUGGUCCGGCUGUGCAGUUGCAAUUCCCACCCUCCUGAUCACUACAGCCUACGUUCCUGCAAUAAUGGAUUUAAAAAUAACGCGGCUUUCUAAAGUGAUCGCAGUCCUUUUGGUUGGUCUUUACUUCCUCGCUUACUUUCUUCCCCAAACUGUGGAAUAUGUAGCCCUAAUUCCUGGAAGGACUCUUCCCUAUGUUUGGAACUUGUUUACGGCGGGGCUCCUAACAACCAAUCCUAUUAAGCUGGGCUUGGAAGUCAUUGCAGUCUUGUUGCUGACGCGACUGGUUGAGCCCGUCUAUGGCUCAAAGGAGUUCUUGAAGUUCCUGUUCGUCGUUGACUUCUCUGUCAGCCUUUGCGUAUUGGCUGGGGUCUACAUCAUUUUCGCCAUCGGCCAGGACACCGGUGAUAUUCUGUACAUUAAGUUCACGGGCUUCCAUGGCAUUUUGGCCGGGCUGGUAGUGGCUGUGAAACAAGUGAUGCCGGAGCACGAAGCCAAGUUGUUCGGGUUUGUCAAGUUCACCUUCAAGUACCUGCCGCUGCUCUUCUUGACCGUAACGGUUGGCGCGGCGGUUGCCUUCAAGCAGCUCUCGGACAUUCCUUUUUUGGUAUUGGGCACCUACAACGCCUGGCUGUACCUUCGCUUCUUCCAGCAGCAACCUGACUCGCAGCACUGGGGAGAUUCCUCAGAUGACUUCAAGUUUUCCGGCUUUUUCCCGGCUUUCCUGGCGCCGGUCAUUGACCCAUUUGGCUAUGUGUUCGCAACCAUUUUCCGGCUGCGGCAUCCACCCGCCGAGACCAAGGCGCCUUUCGCUAAGGCCGCACAGUACACGUUGGCCCUGCCCGCAGACAACGCCGACGCGAACCGGCGCAGGGAGCGCGGUGCGAAGGCCUUGGAAGAGAGAUUAGGCAUGAAGAAGACUGCUGGGGAGGGAGAGGACAUGGAAGCUGGUGCCGCCCCGUCGACGGCAAGGGGAACUGUUACAACUGUUACGGGUUACUUGUGCACGGUGCUCUUCGCUUGA